GGGGGGCUCUGAGGGGAYACCCGCGACCCCCGGGGCUGCCAGGACGCGCCGGCAGCUCCUCCUCGCAGCUGUCGGGGCUGUCGUUUUUUUGGUAUCUGCAGGAGGAGAAAUUCGAUCCCAGGGCGGUGUCGCCGCCAGCGGGGCCGUGACCCGUGUCAUAGCUGGGCUGGGGACAGCCGGGGACGUGCCCCGCACCCAUCGCGGGGCUCCCGAGCGGUUUGGGAUCCGCUUCCCGGGCAUUUUUGACUCCUUCCCGACCUCCCCCCGACAGAUAAACUCUUCGGGAAGCGGCUGCUCCAGGCCGGGCGCUACAUCAUGUCCCACAAGGCCUGGAUGAAAACGGUGCCCACCGAGAACUGCGAUGUGCUCAUGACAUUCCCUGACAGCACUGAUGACCACACGCUGCUGUGGCUGCUCAACCACAUCCGCCUGGGCAUCCCUGAGCUGAUCGUGCAGGUCCGGCACCACAAGCACACACGUGCCUACGCCUUCUUUGUCACCGCCACCUACGAGAGUUUGCUGCGUGGGGCCGAUGAGAUCGGGCUGCGGAAACCGGUGAAGGCAGAGUUCGGGGGCGGCAUGCGGAGCUUCUCGUGCGAGGAGGAUUACAUCUACGAGAACAUCGAGAAUGAGCUCUACUUCUUCACCUCACAGGAGCGGCAGAACAUCAUCCGCUACUGGCUGGAGAACCUGCGGGCCAAGCACGGAGAGUCCCUGCACAACAUCCACUUCCUCGAGGGACAGCCCAUCAUCCCAGAGCUGGCAGCCCGGGGGGUGAUCCAGCAGCUCUUCCCUCUGCACGAGCAGAGGAUCCUAAAGCGGCUGAUGAAGUCCUGGGUGCAGGCGGUGUGCGAGGCCCAGCCCCUCGAUGACAUCUGUGACUAUUUUGGGGUGAAAAUUGCCAUGUACUUUGCCUGGCUGGGCUUCUACACCUCGGCCAUGGUGUACCCGGCCGUGUUCGGAUCUCUCCUCUACACCUUCACCGAGAGCGACCAGUCGGUGCCGUCUGUCCCCCAGACAAGCCAGGAUAUCUCCUGCGUGGUCUUCGCCAUCUUCAACGUUGUCUGGGCCACGCUGUUCCUCGAGGAGUGGAAGCGUCGCGGGGCCGAGUUCGCCUACAAGUGGGGCACCCUGGACACCCCCGCCGAGUCCAUCGAGGAGCCCCGGCCCCAGUUCCGGGGCAUUAAGAGGAUCAGCCCCGUGACCAACGYGGAGGAGUUUUAUUACCCGCCCUGGAAGCGGCUCCUGUUCCAGUGCCUCGUCAGCCUCCCCGUCUGCCUCGCCUGCCUCUCCCUCGUCUUUCUGCUCAUGCUCGGCUGCUUCCAGCUCCAGGAGUUCGUGCUGAGCAUCCAGGAGUUGCCACGUCUCAUUCGCUUCCUGCCCAAAAUCAUCCUGGCUGUCAUUGUCACCRCCUGUGAUGAGCUCUAUAAGAAAGUGGCCUUCUGGCUCAAUGACAUGGAGAAUUAUCGGCUGCAGAGCGCCUACGAGAAACAUCUCAUCAUCAAAAUCGUCCUGUUCCAGUUUGUCAAUUCCUACCUGAGCCUUUUCUACAUCGGAUUCUACCUCAAGGACAUGGAGCGGCUCAAGGAGCUCCUGCUCAUCUUCUCUCUGUCGCAGAGCCUCGCGCGGCAGCUCCGGGAGGCUCUGCUCCCCUCCAUCCUCCUCCACCUCCACCUCUCCCUCAUCUUCCUUAAGCGCCUCCUGGGCUUUUGCUGGAGACUGGGAGUAUCCAAAAUGCUGGCCACGCUGCUGAUCACCCGCCAGUUCCUGCAGAACGUGCGCGAGGUGUCGCAGCCCCACCUGUACCGGCGCCUCCGCCGCGGCGACCUCAACCUGCGCAGCCUCCGCCAGCUCGCCCACGCCCUGCUCUGCCUGCUCGCCCCGCGGCGACCCCCGCAGCCCCCUCCCGAGGGCUCCCGGGGCGAGAAGAAGUGUCUGAACGGGGGCUGCGGUGUGCCGGAGGACGAGGAGGAGGAGGAGGAGCGGCGCGAGUCGGACUCGGAGGAGGAGAGCGCGCUGGACUGCGGGCUGAAGCUGAAGAAGGUGAGCUUCAUCGAGCGCGGCGAGCGGCGCGCCGAGCCUGCUGGCCCCGAGGACGAGCCCUUCCUGGAGGAGGGCAGCCCCACCAUGGUGGAGAAGGGCAUGGACCCCGCCGCCGUGUUCGAGCUGUGCGAGGAUGAGGACGAGGCCGAAGGGGCGCCCGGGGGGAGCCCCGCGAAGGCGGCGGAGCCGGCGGUGCUGGCGCGGGCCGGGAGGAGGAGGAGGGAGGAGGACGAGGGAGAGGAGGACGGGAGGAAGCGCAACCGCGCCUCGUGGAUUGACCCCCCCGAGGAGGAUUAUUCCACGCAGCUGACGCAGGCCGAGGUGGAGAGCUGCAUGAAGAAGUACGAGGACACGUUCCAGGACUACCAGGAGAUGUUCAUCCAGUUUGGCUACGUGGUGCUGUUCUCCUCAGCCUUCCCUCUGGCCGCCAUGUGCGCUCUGGUCAACAACAUCAUCGAGAUCCGCAGCGACGCCUUCAAGCUCUGCACGGGGCUGCAGCGACCCUUCGGCCAGCGUGUCGAGAGCAUCGGCCAGUGGCAGAAGGUGAUGGAGGCCAUGGGCGUCCUGGCCAUCGUGGUCAACUGCUACCUGAUCGCCCAGUGCGGGCAGCUCCAGAGGCUCUUCCCGUGGCUCAGUCCUGAGGGAGCCAUUGUCUCCGUGGUGGUGCUGGAGCACUUUGCCCUGUUCCUGAAAUACAUCAUCCAGGUGGCCAUUCCUGACAUUCCUGCCUGGGUGGCUGAGGAGAUGGCCAAGCUGGAAUAUCAGCGCCGUGAGGCCUUCAAGAAGCACGAGCGGCAGGCACAGCACCACUUCCAGCAGCAGCAGCGGCGCAAGCGGGAGGAGGAGGAGCGGCAGCGUCACGCUGAAUUCCAGGCGCGCAAGGAACGCGAGUCCAGCCGGGACGAGGCCAAGCCCGAAGCAACCGGGCAGGACCCGGCCCACGACAAGAGCCAGGGRAAAGGGAAAAGCUCCGGGAGCUCCUCUGGGCACGGAUCCGACAAACCCAAGCGCCCCAGUUCGCUGCUGGCCACCAACAACGUGAUGAAGCUAAAACAGAUCAUCCCCCUCCAGGGCAAAUUCCUCUCCGGGGGGACGGGGACGUGUGGCACCGCCACCGCCCGGUCCCCGCAGUCCCCGACGGGCAGCGAGAACAAACUUCCUGGAUUCUUGAGCUUCAAAUUCCUCAAAUCCCCCGAGACUAAGCGGGACGCGAGCACCGAGAAGGUGCAGUCGCCCACCAAGCCCUUCAACCCCGGCAAGCUCUUUAAUUUCGGCAAGUCCGAAGGGCCCGGUGGCAACGGCGGCGCGGCCACCGCGUCCCCGCAGUCCCGAGCCGGUCCCUCGGCGGACGCGGGCGAGCGGGCGGCGCCCGGGAAGUCGCAUCUGAACGAGGACGGCGGACGGGAGGACGGGGAGAGCCGGGCGGAGGAGGAGGGCGGCGGGGCCCGGCUCUAACCGGGGUUCCGGGGGGCCCGGGGACGCGGGGAGCCGCCCGCUCCCUGCUCCGCGCGGCCGUGGCCAUCGGGAGCCUCUCGCCGCCGCUCGCCCGCGGGGCGGGGCCGGGCCCGAGCUCGGGUCCGGGACCGGCGGCUGCUAGCGCCGCGCUCCGCCCCGGUGGCCCCCUGUGCCGCCCCGGUGGCCCCCUGUGCCGCCCCGGUGGCCCCCUGUGCUGUGUCCCCGCCGCGCGGAGCCGCCGCCGCCACCACCCCGGGGCCCGCGCCGGAGCUGAGGGGGAAAACUGAGAGCGGGGCGGCUGGAAAAUCCUGGAAAAUCCCCGGUGCCACGGGUAUGGAGGGAGGUAUCCCCGUGCGGCUGGAAAAUCCCGGGCGCCGGGGAUAUGGAGGGAGUUGUCCCGGUUCGCUGGAGCAUCGCGGUUUGGCUGGAACAUCCCGAAGCUUUCAGGCUCACCGGGGCAGAGUUAUCCCGGUUUCCAUGGGCAGGUGGGAGAUAUCCUGGUGUGGCUGGAAAAUCCCGAACCUUUCCAUGCUCCCGGGUGGGAGUUAUCCCGAAGCUUUCCGUGCUCCUGGGUUGGCUGGAGCAUCCCGUUGSGGUUGGAGGAUCUCGAAGCUUCCAGGCUCAUUGGUGGGAGUUAUCCCGCUUUCAAUGGGCACAGAUGAGUGUUAUCCCAGUUAGUCGGAGCAUCCCGGCGUGGCUGGAGCAUCCCGAAGUUUUCCAGGCUCACCGGGAGUAGUUAUCCCAGUCUGGCUCGAGCAYCCCGAAGUUUUUCAGGCUCCCGGUUUGUCCCACAGAUGCCAGAGUUCAGCCUUUGGAGACUCCGGAGCUGCCGGAUCCUCUGGGAUCACCCUCCGCGCUCGCAGCCACAUCCCCGCUCCUGGAAUUCCGGGAUUCAGCCCGAUUCAGCCGUGCCUCAGCCCUCCGAGCCCCGCUCCGCCCCGCUCCCUCCGCCUGGAUCCCUGCUCCCGAAUCCUUUCCAGCUUCCCAGGACCUUUUCCAGCCGGGAAUGAAGGCGGGGAACCAGCACCCACCGGGAAUGCCGUGCAUGGGCAGCGUUUCUUGCACUAAAUCCCAAACGCCAGCGACGCUUCUCCUUCAUCCCGGAUCCCAGCGGGAGCGGGGCCGGGCCCUUCCCAGCUCCAGUGCCGAAUUCCCUGGAAUUCUUUCGCAAUAAGAAGGUGCCGGGACAAGGAGGGGACAUGGGGAGGGGACACGCGGUGGGGAGGGGGUGGGUGGGAGCCGCUUCGCUGCUGCCGCGGGAAGGAUUCGCUGGAAUCGCGYCCCGCUCGGAGCUUUUCCAGCCGGAUCCAUGCUGGGAAUGCGCUCCAGGAUCCCGCUUCCCCUGCUUUGCUGGGGCUCUGCUUCGCUUGGCGGGGACAGCGUGGGGUGCUGGCACUUGGGGACACCCGGCGCUGCCACCUGCCCGCAGCUCAGCGCCAUUCCCAAAGGGAAAAAUCUGGGAAAAGAGGGAAGGCCUAGGAAAGGGGAGGUGCCCUGUCACUGUGCCUGGCCCAGGCUUUGUCCCCUCCUGUCCCCUCCCCCAGAUCUGGGCUGUGGAAAAAGUCAGGUCGGAAUUUUGUGACAGCCCCCCCCCUUCUCCCAAGGAUCCAUGGAAUUUUUUGGGGUUUUUUUUUUGGGAAGGGGGAUCCUAAAUCAAAGCCAUUUUCUACAGCAAUAAGGGCAGGGAAGGGCUGAGAUUCCCAAGGGAAAGGACACSGUGUUCCCUCUCCAGGGUGGGAUAAAGCCUCAUGGAAUUGGGGACAGAGCUUGGAAUGUGGGACAGAGUUUGGGAAUUGGGAAUGGAGGUUUGGGAUUAGCGACAGAUCUUUGGAAUGUGAGGAUGGAGCUUUGGGAAUUGGGGAUGGAGAUUUGGGAAUGUGGGGCCAGGAGGUCCCAAUCCCUCCCCACCUGUCCUAGCCUAAUUUGGAAUAUCCUGGAGAAAUUCUGUGCAAAUCCCAGGAAAAGGGAGCCCUGGGAAAGUUAGGAAUGUUGGGAAACUGAGGCCCAGCRGCCCCAAAGCUCGGGGGGGGCUCCUCUUCCCUCCCUCCAUCCCACAGAAUCUUCCUGCUCUGCUCAUCCCAAAAAAACCCACCGGGCUUCCUGGGAAUGGCUUUGAUCCCAAUUCUCUCCAGGGAGAAAAGAUCCUGGGUCCAUCCCAGAGGGAAGGGCCCCAACCAGGACCCCACCCCCAAAUCCGGGGCAUUUUUAUCCCUUUCCCAAAAAAACACCCUCUGGAAUUUCUCCAGGUGUGRAGGAGGGAAAAAUUUGGGUAUGUUUUUUCCUUUGCUUUUUUCCUUUUCUCCUUGGAGCCGGAAUUCCAUGGGAAUUCCAGGAAAGGAAGGGGGGGUGGUUUAAUUUAUUUCUUUUUAAUUUAUUUUUGUCAUAUUUUUGUAAAACCUGCAAUAAAAAAAAAUAAAA